AUGAGCUCAUCAUAUCGUCUAUUGCUUAUUAAUACUAUUCUAAUUCUUCUUAUUGUUCAAAUUAAUGGCGGUUAUUGGAUAUGUGAUUGGGUAAAUGGUCGUGGAUGGAUGUAUUGUGCACGUGGUUAUUGUAAUACAUAUCGAAAAAAAAGAAGUAUUUCUAUGGAUGAUGAAGAAAGAGGUCCUAUACAAAACAAUGAUGGGACCUAUUGCUCAAACAGAAAAUUUUGCUAUACAUGUAAAUCAAUUAAUGAUUAUAUCUGCCGUAUUACUACUCUAAAGACAGAAGAUUUUCCCACAAACAAAUCAAAUUCAUACAACAAAAGAUCAUAUGAAGAUAUGUGUUAA